GUGACAGUUGGACUGUCGUACCGCUUUGCAAUAUUCAACGUAAAGAUAUGCCUCUGAGGACGGAGAUAACCCACUGGCUACGGGAAUGUGGCUUGAACUGGGAAAUGCUGUUCUACACAGAUGACAUUUUCGAUUCUGAAUCCUGUCCGUUAGCUCAACAGCUUUGUUGCACUGACGUCAGGCUAAUCCUGGUAGAUCACCACUUCAUCACAGGACAAAUAAAACGAACAAAGUGGACAGUAACAGAAGUGAUAGAUCAUCACCGUUUUGAAGACACCGGUGCUGUGGAACUGCUCCUUCGCCACUGCACACUAAGACGAAUCGAGCAUGCCGGAUCCUGUGCCAGCCUUGUUUGUGCUGAGAUACUCAAGUCUGAACAGAUGAAAUGUAUUCCCCUGGCCGUAUGGAAAUUGCUUUACGGUAAGCUGUCGUUUCCGGUCCCAACUGGUAACUUUCCUCGAGCAGGUGCGAUUCUGAUGGACACAAUCGGGCUUUCGGUAUUCGGACAAGAAGCGGGCCGUCUGACAGACCUGGAUCUCCGGAUGGCUUGUCGCAUUGAAGAUUUGGCCGGUAAAGACUGGUUUGCCGGACCGUCAUCCAGGGAGACUAUGUUCAAGGAGUUGGAAAGAGCCAAAUUUGAUGUGAAUGGCCUUUCUUUAUGGGAUCUACUUCGACGAGACAUGAAAAUGGCCAUUGGAUCGUCGAGCGCAGAUGACCGAAUCGCUUGUUCCACGGUUUCAGGUAUGGACUUUCUGGGCAACGACACCACAAAAAAGCGCACGAAUCCUUCUCGAUCCUCUGGGUUCUACCAUUGGUCUCUAACUUUAACUAAUUCAGACGCUUUCUUUCUUUUUUUUAACUCUGCACAGACUUUGGUUCGCUCACCGGAGUUUGUGGAUGCAGCCGGACGAAUGUGUACCACCCACUCGGCCAGAUUCCUUGUUUGCAUCACCGUUGGUUGCUCACCGGUGAAGACGGGUACGCCGGAUAACUCUAUACCGGCAUUCGACCGUCGUACAGCUAGGAUAGGUUUGGUUAUCUUCUCACCCAAUCCCCGACAAGCUCCUUGCGAUCAGCUGAUUGAAUACUUGUGUCACAGUGCGAACGGAUUGGACCUCCGACCCGAACCACUCCAGUUUGAUAAGCGUGAGGAAGUGGUCUUUGUUGGCAUCUUCCAUAACAUGAAAGUCACCCGGAAAGCAGUCCUCCCCCUGCUAGUUUCUUUUCUACGAGGUGGGAAGCCGGAGAAUCUUUCGGAUUCGAAAAAAGAGAACGUCACUCCUUGCGAUCCCGCUGUCAGUACACAUAGUUCUGGGACGCCAAAAUGCGCUCAAACCUCAAUGAACUCGGAUUGUUGUUGCAUUUCACAAACUCUUUUGGAUAAUCUUCGCUCUUGGCUGGAAACUCUCAAACCAGAGGAACGCUUUGAGCUGGUCCGCAAUUGCCUAUCUCAGGUCGUUAUUGAUGAUGAGGAGAAACGGGAAACGGAAAUGUUUCAACCGAUUGGUAUCCUACCAGCUACGGUUUUACAGCAGGUAACCGAGAAGUUGUAUCUCCUCUCACCGUUCGUCAGCGGAACAGUGGAGAUUUCGGCGGAAUUACCUCAAGUGAAUGUGACUGAGGUCGAUGAGGGCUGUGAAUCUAAGAAUCUGAGUGGAUUCGGUAUUGUUCUAAACCGAGGGCGUCGCUUAACCCUACCGAUCGGUCAUGGAAUCAGGUCGUACCACACCGCUGUGUCGAAACGAAUCGGCAGCUCUAAGCGGGUUCACUUCCUACAGACGUCCGAAGUGGCGGACGAUACAUGUAGCUUGCCUGGCGGACUACCACAAAAGCCUAGUUGGUUGGAACCAGAAUACCUGAGUCGACUGCCGGCCUGGUUCCCUGAGCACCUCACGGGCAAUUAUUCAGACGCAGUGGAGGAUGUGAGCUUCAGACUGUACCGGCGCUUAUCAUCUCUUCCUGGGUCUACGAGUACCAACCCACCGGAUGAUGGUAAACUCCGAGUGAUAGACCGUGCUGAGAUUGAACUCCUUCGAGCUUCGUUUGGUGAACUGGAUCGAUCCAGACAGUCGACAGGAUCUCCAACGGAAGGUCAUAUUUCGCAUGUGCAGGCUUCUUUUGCACCACAGGGAUUAGAAUGGCUUCGAUCGCAUCCUCAACUGCAACAGCCUCGUGUGCCCUUCAGGUGCAAUGACAGCCAGUCAACGCAAGAUUUUUGCUUUAUUUUAUCUGAACCAGAAAAAAUGCUAUCCGACCGCGAUAACAGUUCAGCUACAAUGGAAAUUCUUGCGUUGCAAGUCGAGGAGGGUCUUGGAUACUAUUUGUCUUGGCAGGCGUACUCGUGCGACCCUACUUUGGUCGUGUCUGAAACCGCCCAAUCAGUCAACUGUGGUCGCCCACAGCGGUUAUGUGAUUGGCUUUCUGGCCCCGUUGCUGUUGCUGCCCGUAAGGUUUUCAGGACUCAAUACAACUUCGAAUUCUUUUCUCAUGCGUCUAAUGCACUGAAACUUCUGGCUGAUUUGCAUCGCACUUGCCGUGUUGUCUUUCAUGGCGACGAGUCAACUUUGCAAGCUGCCAAAGAACGUAUUCGAGCGGAGUUCCGUGCAAACCAAGCUGUGACCGAUUCGCAGAAAAUAGAAGAACUCUUGAAAUACGGCGAAGACGUCGAAAUGCUCCUACGGACCACUGUUAUCCAAAUGGAAUACAAUGAAAAGGACAACCGGUUCAAACUAAAUCUUCGUGAGGGUCUAGCCUACGGAGACAACGAUCCAACUGCAACCAAACCACCGGAAACCAAGAGCUGACAUCAGUCUUUUUACAGUAGUUGAAUAUAUCAUCGCUUUAAAAACACGAAAAAAAUGAUUUUUG